GAAUUGAGCCAAACUAAACAAAAAAUGCUUUCUCACAUGUUUGCUUUUAUUUAGUACUUUGAUGCUAUGCUCAUGAUCACUAUUGCGCAGACUCCAAAAGCAAAAGAUGAAAGCGGCCGGCUGGAACAGUUUCACUUUUUAUACAGUUUUUUACAGGUUUGUUUAGUCUACAUUAAGCGACUGUUCCACUCGUCUGUAAAUAUCUUCCAAGGAUUAAAAUACUGUGUACAUUUAAGCGUCACAUGUAUGAUAAACAGAGUUUAGUGUAGGCGCGGCUCAUGAAGGAAGUACGCAAUGGAGAUUCAGCGAAACACCAGAAUAUUAAAUAAUCUCCAUCAAUCACUUGUAUUAUAUUCACGGCUCUACGAAAACACGCAGAGGACAAUAUUGUUGUCUCUGGUACUUCUGGGUGGUGUUUGUAAAGCAGAAACAGAUGAGACAAUACCAGUGAGGGAAGGAGAAUCUGUAAUUUUACAUACUAAUCUUUUAAAAAUACUGAACGAUGAUACAGUACUCUGGGCGUUUGGGCCUAAGGAAUCGGUCCUAUCUCAGAUAACGAGAAAGAAUGACUUGACCUCACAUUACGUCACUGAUGAUGAGAGAUUUAAAGGCAGAUUGCAGGUGGACCAAGAAACUGGCUCUCUCACCAUCAGAAACACCAGAAACAGACACUCGGGACAAUAUAAACUAACAAUCUCUAGAGAAAAGACGACAUACAGGAUAUUUCAUGUCGAUGUCAUUGGUGUGGUUGGUGAGACCGGUGGAGUAAAGCCAGUGUCGGUGAUAGAAGGGGAAUCUAUCAUUCUACAGAAUGAUGCUACUGAAUUACGAAAAGAUGAUCUGAUAGUAUGGAGGUUUGGAGAUAAAGGCGUCCUCCUAGCUAAAAUCGAUGUAGAAACUAACGAGCUCUCAUUAAAUGAUGUGGAUGAACGAUUUAGAAACAGACUGCAACUAGAUCAAAAUGGAUCUCUGACCAUCACAAACGCCAGAACCGAACACAGUGGACUUUAUGAAGUACAGAUCAGAGGCUGCGAGAGUUCACAGCAGUUCCUUGUUUCUGUCAGUGUUAAAUGGGGUCAGUCUUCAGCUGUCAUAGCUGGAAUAGUUGUUGCUGUUCUGCUGGCGGCUGGACUUUUAGCUGCUGUUGUGAUUUACUAUAGCCGCAAGAUCUCUGAACUACAAGAACAAGUGGCUGAAGAAGAGAAAGUGUCAGAGAUGGAAGGAAGAACUGUUGCUCUAAGGACUGGUACUGAACUACAGAAUGGGGAUGAGAUAAAGUGGUGUUUUAAUGAUGACAAAAAUCCCCUAACCCAAUACAGUGAAUGGACCAUUGAAAACAAGGAUGUAAACUGUGAUGUUACUGACGAGAGAUUCAGAAACAAACUGCAGCUGGGUGGUAAAACUGGAGAUCUCAUUAUCAGUUAUAUCAGGACAAUUCACUCUGGAGUCUACACAGUACAGAUCAGCGGCAAAACCAGAAAAAACAAAAACAAGAGAUUCAUUGUUACUGUCAAUGUGAAGAAAGUGCCAGUGGAGGUUGGAGAAUCUGUUACUCUAGAGACCGAUAUCGAAAUACGGGAUGGAGAUCUGAUACUGUGGACCUUUGGAGUUAAAAACUGUCUCAUUUUUAAAUACGAAUCAGGAAAAAAUAAUAUUUGUGAGAGCAACACAGGCAGACUGCAGCUGAAUAAAAGCAAUGGAUCUCUGACCAUCACAAACAUCACCAAUGCAGACUUUGGACAUUUUCAACUACAGGCCAUGAACAGCGAACGGAACCGAUUCAGGAGAUUCAAUGUGAUCGAAGUGGAGAAAGUGUCAGUGAAGGUUGGAGAGUCUGUCACUCUAGAGACUGAUAUCAAAAUACAGGACGGAGAUGUGAUACUGUGGACCUUUGGAGUUGAAAAAUGUCCCAUUGUUAAAUAUGAAUCAGGAAAAAUGAAUAUUUUUAAAAGCUACAGAGGCAGAGUGCAUCUGAAUAAAGGCAACGGGUCUCUGACCAUCACAAACAUCACCACUGCAGACUUUGGACAUUUUCAACUAGAGGUCACGAACGACAAACAGAACGGCAAACAGAACGAGCUCAGGAGAUUCAAUGUGAUCAAGGGAAACAGAGUGGAAAACAGUAUGGAAAUGGAACCACUGCUGUCUCAAGAGGGUGUGUGGGGAUCAAGAGGAUGAGCAGCAGCAGGGGACACCACUGUCAAUCUUUGUGACAUCAUCAACACUUGAGUUGAAAAAUAUAUUUGUCAGGAAUCCGGUCCCUGUUACUCCUCCCCUUCACCACAUAGACUGUUUAAUUUUUUUUGGCUGGCAUUUUGCAAUUUUUCUUUGAUUGGAUAGUAGAGAUAGUAGACUUUUUUUAGUCUACUUGACUUAAAAAAAAAAAAAAAAAAAAAAAAAACUCUUUUUCUACUCUUUUCCCUUUCUAGCUGUACUUACUUGAACAAUGCCUGUUAUAUGGUUAUUUGCUCACUUCGUAGGUCGUUUUGCCUCUUUAGGACAAAUCGCUUAAUGUAUUCCCCACCUGUAAGUCGCUUUGGAUAAAAGCGUCUACUAAAUAAAUAAAUGUAAAUGUAAAUGAAAGCGAGUGGGGGGUGGGGUUCCACGAGGCGGGAUUCGAUCGAAGCUACUUAAACUGUAUCACCCUUUCACCCUGGACUACAUUUCCCAUGAUCCAUUUUACACUACACUGAUUUGCAAACACACCUGUAGCCAAUCACAUGGACUGUUUAUCACAUACACUCACUAUCAUUCGGCCAAGUAUUGUAUGUGCAUGUUAGCACGCAUGGCUUACUUACAAUAUUUCUGCAUUUAUAGAAAAAAAAAAAAACAACUUUAAAGUUUAAAAGUUAAAUGCGCUGUUGAGUAUUUUAUAUUUGUUGUUUUUUUAUUCUAAUGUGCGGUAAGUGUGUAAUUUCAUUUGUAAACACUUUCGGUUUGUAUUUGUGUGCUUGCUGAACUUUAUAUAGCAUGUUCAUAUAUUAAUUUAGGCCUAUAUAAUAAUAUGCUAAUUUAUGCUAUUUUAUUGUAAAAAAACAAAAAAAAAAAAAAAAAACGAGUACAGGAAUGAUUUCUGUAGUCUUUUAUAGUUUUUUUAAUGUUUAACCUGAGGGGUAAAAGAUUUAAAACACCCAUCAAUGGGUGAUUAUCUUAUAAAGUGUUUAUCCUGUAGUGUGUCUGUUGACACACAAUGAAAUGUGCUUAAUGUGCCAAUUUACAGAAGGUCUCAGACAUCAUCAUAAUGAAUGAGGUGAAAACUGGGAACUAUAGGCUUUUCAGUAGCUCAGAUAAAUGUUAUGGCUCUGUUUCUGUCUGACUAUUUUUUCACUGAUUGUCAGUCACAUUGUUUUGUUUUCAUUUGUUGUUUUGCACAUUUUAAUUUUACUCAAAAAUGCUGCAAUUUGCCGGGCAUUCACCACAGCUCCCUCCACCUACUAUGUCACAGCACACCCGUUCACUGUCACCCAAGUACUGAUUGCCUACAACAUUUUUUAUAUAUAUUUUUUUACUCCUUUCCAUUUAUUUCUUAAGAAUUUUUGUACUUCUGUUAACUAUUAAACCAUAAAUCGUGUAUUAUUGAAAGGAUUUUUGUAUGUUCUGUACGUACUGUAAUCUUUGUUCGUUAUUAUUGCAAUAAAAAAUGAUCACGGCACAGAAUACACGUACAGUCACUGGACUAUUGAUUAUCAAAAACA